GCUGCUCUCAUUGGCUCCCAGCUAUUUGGUAGGGAUGCCAACAAAAUUAGAGCUUGUACUUCAUCAUCGAAAUCAAUUUUUACCGAUGACAAUUGAUUUACAAUGGUAUUGAAUUCAUUUAUGUGUGCAGCAACAUGAGCAUUUUCCAUCAUCUUUAGAUGAAAUAGUUUCUUCAUGAGAAAUACCUUAUUAUUUGCCGAAGGUUUCUCAUACAUGUCAGACAAUACCUUCAUCAUAUCUGCGGUGGUCUUCUCCUUUGCCACGUUGUGAGCAACGUUCUUCGACAGCGUCAGUCGAAUGACUCCCAGAACUUGUCUGUCGAGGAGAUCCCAAUCUGCUUGCUUCAUCUCCUCUGGUUUCGGACUCAGAGGUUCAUGAAGCUUUCUGCCAUAUAAAUAAUCUUCAAUUUGCAUUCUCCAGAACGCAAAAUCUGUACCAUCGAAUUUACCGAUGCCGUGCGUCGUACCAUCUUCGCCUCCCAUCGUUUCUAAAUCACAACACAACCUGUUGCUUUGAUACCAGUUGUUAGGAUUUAAAUCACAAAUCCGACCUUUGUAAGCAGGUUCCCAGGAAAGAUUGGAGGGUCACAGCUGGACCACUUAAAUACCAACCUCCUUAGACAGAACCUACUUACGCCGUGAUGUAAGCGAAGAAUAAAUAGCACACACAGAUUUAUAGUGGUUCACCCUCAAUGUGAGAGCUACGUCCACGUUGCUGCUGCAGAUCUUAUUAAAGAAGAAAUAUUACAAGUGUUUACAACACUCAACCUCACAACCCCAAUUCCAAUUACACUCAAGAAUUUUACCACAGAAAAUUCUCUCAAAGACCUUCUCUUACUUAGGCCUUUCACUAAGAGUAUUUCUCUUAGAUUUUUUCUCUCUUGGGAUGUGUAUAGCAAAUGAUCUUAAUGAUGUCUUACAAAUGAACCAUAAGCUACCUAUUUAUAGGAAUGAAUUUCCUAUGAUGAGGUAAGCCCUUACAUCACAACUAUUAUGAGGAAAGCGCUUACAUCACGACUAUGUGAACAAAAGAAUUGACUUGUUUGGCCAAUUCCACACCUAACACAAUGGUCAUGUCACUUUUUAUCAGCCAGUGUGUUCAUAAAUUUAGCAAUUACAUUUCAGAAGGAAUGCUCCUAAUAACUGCAUUAUUAUUUCGUUAACUAAGAUAUAUAGUUGAAACUUAUUUAUCUUUUUUUUUCUUCUGUUUUGUUGUUCUUUUUUCACAGAAUAGGACUGCCAUCCUAGUUGGGAUUCUGAAUGUGGGCAUUAUAGCCACAAUUCUAUUAUUGGCGCACUUUCUUUUACAUGGACAGAUGAGAAUUAACGUUAUUGGUUUCCUGUCCACAGGUCUAAAUAUCAUUAUGUAUAUCUCCCCUCUCGGUGUUAUGAAAACAGUGGUGACAACCAAGAGUGUGGAGUAUAUGCCAUUUCUUCUCUCGUUUUUCCUUUUCUUAAACGGUGGCAUUUGGACUUUGUACUCCGUGCUUGUGGGUGACUGGUUUCUUGGAGUACCAAAUGGGAUUGGAUGGUUACUGGGAGCAGUGCAGCUGGUUAUAUACGCCAUUUACCGGAACUCUAAUUCAUCAAAGCAAUUCGUCGAAGAUUUAGAACAAGGAGACCAAACAGAAUGCUUGCUGCCACCUUCUUCCAGCUCAACUCAAGAGUAAAAACAUGCAGUCAAUAUAAUAAUCGGAAAAGGGUCAAAAUGUUCUUAAACUAUGCGAAACUGAACAAAAAUGCCCUCUGUUAGUAUUUGGAUCAAACAAUUAACGGAGGGCCUUUUUGUUCAAUUUCUUAUAGUUUAAAGGCAUUUUUGACCCUUUUUUGUAUAUUAAUUAUUGGUUGACGCAAAGAGAUUAUGUAUAACUUCAUUUCUAGCUGUUACAUGGAAUUCCUGCUUGCUUUUAUGUUUUGGUUCUGUAUUAAUGUUUUCAAGAAUUGGAAAACAUAAAUAAGUAUUUGUACGUCAUUAAUUUCAUUUUAAAACGCUGCGAGUUUUAAUUAGUUUCACGGCCAACUGAUAGAGGUUGGUAUUUUUUGCGA